GGAGGAGUGGAGGGGCGCAUUAUUUCCAAUUCUUCUUUCAUUUUCAAAAGUUAAUUCGUGUGGGGUUUUAAUUUAAUUUUAUUAUUUAGAAAGAAGUUUUUCUCAGUCACUUUUGUGUCGUUGGCUUUCUUUCCUGAUACGGGACUGAUGAUUUCAAUCCCUUUUUUUUUUUUUUCUGUUGAAGCUUGAAGGGGAAGGUUGAAUUAGUGAGUGAGAUACUUUGGUAUUAGAGAAGAAGAUUACAUUAACCCAUCAUGACUUUGAUGAUGAAGAUUGAUAACUCUUUUGACCAGAAACAAAGAGAGAGAUUGAUAAAGCAAAUAAUGGAGAAAAGUUGUCCCCUUUGAUUUUCUUUCUCCUGCUAUUGAAAGAAAGAAGAAACAAAAACAACUACUCUUCCUUCUCUUACUACUAUCUCUUUCAGUCUCCUUUUCUCUCCCGCACGCUUCUUCUUGUCCUCGUGUUUAUGAUAGGUCUUUGAGAUUUGGGUGGUCUUUGUGAGCCAGUUCUCUCUGUAUUUCCAAAAAGGAUAUUCCAAAAUGCCGAUGUAUCAGCCAGAUCUCGAUGUGGGUGGUGGUGCGCAGGUGCUAGAUCUGGAAACUGCAGUCAAGGAUGGCAUUUUGGGCGGCGGCGGUGGCGGCGCAAUUUGUGGUGGGGGUGUUCAGAAACUGGAUCUGAAGAAGAUGAUUGAAGAGCUUGAACCCAUUGAUGUGCCUUCCUUGUUUAUUUGCCCAAUCUCAUUGGAGCCCAUGCUGGACCCAGUCACCCUUUGUACUGGCCAGACGUAUGAGAGAUCCAACAUCCUCAAAUGGUUCUCUUUAGGUCACUACACUUGCCCCACAACAAUGCAGGAGCUCUGGGAUGAUUCAUUAACGCCAAACAAGACUCUCCAGCAGCUGAUGUAUAGCUGGUUCUCGCAGAAGUAUCUAGCAAUGAAGAAGAGGUCGGAGGAUGUGCAAGGCAGGGCCAUGGAGCUUUUGGAGUCCUUGAAGAAAGUCAAGGGCCAAACCAGAGUUCAAGCUCUUAAAGAGCUUAGACAGGUCGUCACUGCACAUACUACAGCGAGGAAGGCUGUUAUGGGUAAUGGUGGUGUUGCUUUAAUUUGUUCUUUGUUGGGUAAUUUCACUAUGCAUUCUGUUGGGUCAGAGGCAAUUGGGAUUCUUGUGAAUUGGGAUCUUGAUUCUGAAUCAAGGUUGAAUUUGAUGCAACCCCAGAAGAUUUCCUUGAUGGUUGAUAUGUUGAAUGAGGGAUCAAUUGAGACAAAAAUCAAUUGCACUAGAUUGAUUGGGAUGUUAAUAAAAAGUGAGCAUUCUGAGAUACAGAAUGUGUCAAGCUUGAGUCUUUUGGUUGGAUUAAUGAAGUUAGUCAGGAAUAAGAAACACCAGAAUGGGGUUUCAGCUGGACUAGAUUUGUUGAAGACAAUUUGUUCACAUGAGCCAUCAGUUGGGAGCUUGAUUGUAAGCAUAGGCGUGGUUCCUCAAUUGGUGGAGCUAUUACCUAAUUUGAAUAAUGAGUGUUUGGAGUUAGCCCUCUAUAUUCUAGAGGUCCUUUCAACCCUUCCAGAGGGUAGACUGGCAUUGAAAGAUUGUCCUAAAACAAUAACUAAUAUGAUGAAGUUGUUGAUGGGAGUCACAGAGAGCUGUACUCAGUCUGCCUUGUCGAUAUUGUUGGGCGUUUGCAAGCUUGCCCCAGAAGAAUGUGCUUCAUUAGUGGUUGAGGCUGGUCUGGCUGCUAAUCUACUUCUUGUAAUACAAAGUGGUUGCAGUCCUGUAUUGAAGCAGCAGUCGGUGGAGCUCUUAAAGUUGUGUACCUUAAACUAUGCUGGUACUAUCUUCAUUUCGAAAUGUGAGCUUGCGAGAACGAUACAAUGAAGUGAAAUGGAAAUAUUGUUGAUAUGAUGUGGAUAUGCGAUGCAACCUUAAAUUCCUUGGCCCCGGGUGGGAAGAGCAUGAGAGGGCUCAUCGGGUUGGACAGAAUUUGAGAUACAGCGAGGACAUUGGGUUUCUUAGGUAUGUUCAUGUGUGGUGUACACCAAUCAAGGACCUUUUGUGCAUUCAACUGGUUUCAUUUGAAGAAGCUGUAUGAUGCCAAAUUGGAAGGGAUUAUGCAAAGCCAUGAGCAUAUUGCACAUGAAUCCACCUGCAUUCUUCAAUUGAAGUUGUGAUCCACAUGACUCCCGUCUGGUUUUAAAUUUUUAAUGGUGAGCUGUAUUUUGGUGGUGAAAAUACAGUGAUGGGGCACGGGAAGGAAGUCUUCAUGGGAUGUGUUAGAAAUUGUAAUUUGUAGUGAAUUCCAGUUGGUUUCCCUGUUCCAUUGAUACCUUAGCUUUCAGUCUUCUUAGUAAUUUUUCCUGAGUUGAGCAUCUGCAUUGCAGAGUUUGUAGAGCUUCUGAACUUUGAAUAUACAGACUUGUACAACAACCUUCCAUUGUAUUUUUAUACAUUUCUCAGCUAAUUCAAUAUAUCAAAUUCAAGUUUA